AUGAUGACGCUGAUGGCUAUGAUGACAACAGCGACCGAUUACUAUAAAAGUCUGUUCCACAUCGUCUCGAUCUUUCCCAUCUUCAGGCGCCACCAAAGGUCACCCCGCGCACAACUCCACCCGUCCUGCUCAGUUACGAGCGAAUCAAACUUCAACGCAUCGCUGCUUCUUCCCUCGAAUCCCCCACUUGGCAUCGUUGACACCCCUUCCCUCGCCGAUAUCCAUCCAGCGCGUGACAAACACGGCGUUACCCGCCUUCCCGCAACUCUUGAAACCGAUCCGUAUCUCUAUGCGGCAGUACUUGCAAUAUAUAACCCCCUCCUCAAUUCACAUAAAUCACACCUCACCAACUUCCGGAAUGUGGACCCCACACCAACGCAGAUCGAGCAUGUUAUGAAGCUUGCAUGGCUACAGAAGCCGAAUGCACGGGAUAGCGAGAAGGGCGUUGUCAGGGAUGCCGGGAGCAUCAAGACCUUGUGUCGCGGACGAGGAGGGAGCCGUUCCGGAUCCGCGCUUCGGAGGUGUGGAGGUCGAUGA